AUGGCUCGCGGGCCUGAGCUUGAACCAUAUAUACGCGAACGUAUAUGUGAGUUAAAAAGAUCAGCAAAAUGGGGUGCUAAGCGUAUUCAAAAGAAUGCGUUCCCUGACAUCCCUCUAUCGACUAUCCACUAUACCCUUCGGCAAGAUCUAAAGCGUUCUAAAGGUGUUUCCCUACCUCGCUCUGGCGCACCUCGCAAGCUUACUGCGGAGGACCGAGACCGUGUGUAUGAUGCUAUUCAAACCCGUCCUGAUAUUACCCGCGAAGAUCUGCUUGCUGAGGUAGAUUAUAAGGUCAAAGCUACCUCAAUCUGGCGUUUAACGCACGAGAUGGGCCUCCGGAAGUGGCGAAAGAUGGACCGACCUUAUCUUCUGCCUAUUCACGCUGCGAAGCGUCUUGCCUGGGCUUUAGUCUAUCGCCACUUUACACCAGAGGAUUGGAAACGGGUUUUUUGGUCUGAUGAAACGACCGUUGAACGCGGACAAGGUGCUCGGAAGGAAUGGACAUUUAUUCCUCCUAAAAACCAGCUUCAAGAGCGUGAUUCUAGUAUUCAAAUGACGCUAUCAAAAGGGAAACAGACAAAGCAAAUGUUCUGGGCUUGUUUUUCAGGUGCUCCGCGCAAGACUGGCUUAAUUCCUUUAUUCGGUGAUCCUACUGCUGAUCGCAAAGGUAUUACAAAAGAGGUUAUUCAUAAUCUCUAUCGUGGUAUCCUACCUACAUUACUUGCGAACGAGGAUGCUAUUUUCCAGCACGAUAAUGCACCGACGCAUACUGCAUAUAUCGUCCAAGCCCUUCUACGCGAGCUGAAUAUUACCGUAAUGGAUUGGCCGCCAUAUUCGCCCGAUUUAAACCCAAUUGAGAACCUAUGGGGCUUAUUAAAAGCUGAUAUAUUAAAGCUACGGCCGUGGCUUCGCGAGAUGCCUAAUAAUGCUACUACUUGGGCAGAGCUAGUGGAUGCAGCGCAGGCUGCGUGGGAACAGCUUACAAUUAGGCAUUUCAUCAAUCUAGCUGAGACCAUGCCUCAUCGUAUAGAGGAUGUUAUCAAGUAUGAAGGAUGGCAUACUAGUUAUUAG